AUGGCUGGCGAGAUAUAUGAAGUGCAAGGGCUUCUGACAUUUGGACGAGGAGGCCCAUCUUGCCCAUCUGAACUUCGAGGAAAGAGUGUGCGGCUGGAAUGCUUGGAAGGAAAUGAGUUUGAGCUUCCUGCUGAAGCUGCAUGCUUGGCCGGCCGUGUCCGCAACCUCCUGCUGGAACAUGGCUGCGACCACACGUUGAAAUUUGAGAUUAAGAGAAGCACGUUGACCAAAGUGUGCGACUACUUGAAGCAUCACCGGGAUCACUCCGUAAGUGAGAUCAUGACCCCGCUUCCGAGUGAUGACUUGAGAGAUUGCGGCGCAUCUCGCUGGGAUUGCAGCUUCGUGAACAUCGACAACGAUGCCCUUUUCGAGCUUGGCUUCGCAGCUACCACGCUGGGGAUCCCAAGCUUGGACUUCCUGGUGAACGCCAAGAUCGCCUGCGCCACGCACAACAAGAGUGCCGACAAACUCCGCAAGGAGUACAAGAUGAUCAAUGACCUGCCGGCACACGAAGAGGCCGAGCUGCGGCGCGCGUACAACACGCUGCAGAAGAACCAAGGGGAGGAGGCGGACGUGGACCUGUCCCAGCUGGCAGCUGCCAGUGUGGCAUACAGUGGCAUCGAGGCGGCCAAGCAGCAGAGCAUCGCCAACGAGGAGUCGGAGGCGCUGGGCCCCCGAAGCUGGCGUUGGGGCAUGUGGUCCGCUGCAGUGAGGAAGGACUGGCAGGUCCUGGCGGACGCCCCGGCAGAGAUCAAGGCGGACCGCGGGGUGGUGGAGGGCGCCAUCUUGGCGUCCCAGGGCCGCGCCCUGAAGUUCGUGAGCCCCGAGCUGCGGCAGGACCCGGAGCUGGUCCUCGCCGCCGUCGCCUUCUUUGGGGAGGCCUUCGCGGACGCGGCCCCGGAGCUGCGGUCCAGCCGGGACUUCGUGCUGCGGGCGGUGGGUCGGCACGGGGCGGCGCUGAAGCACGCGGAGGCCUUCCGCGGGGACAAAAACUUCCUGCUGGAUGCGGCCAAGGCGGGCUAUGGGUCCGCACUGAUGGGCGCCAGCAGCACCUUGCAGUCGGACCAGGCCCUGGUACUGGAGAUGGUCAUCCAUGACGCUGCAGCCUACAAGUUCGCGGCGGAGGAGCUGCGGGCCGACAAGGAGUUUGCCAUGGAGGCCGCCAAGAGAAACGGGGCAACUCUCAGGUUCAUGAGCUCCAACUUCCAAGCUGACUUAGACAUCGUGCAGGCGGCCAUGCUCCGUGAUCCCAGGGCCGUGAAUUACGCACACCCUGCCCGCCGCCAAGAUCUCGGACACGCGACGGAGGCGAGCAUUGGGGAGGCCCAGAUGGCCAAGGAGUACGAGGCACAGGCGCAGGCCGCAAAGAAGGAGGCCGAGGUGGUAGCAGCUGACACAGGUCCGCGACAGGUCCUAGGGCCGACACACUACACCACGAUGAAGUUGAUGAAGUUUGUGGGGUUCUCUGCGGGCAGUACGAUGAUGGGUAACUUUGGCCAAGGCAACUAUGUAGCUGCCAAUGCGGUGGUGGACUUGUUGCCCUACAGAAAUCGUCCGGAGCUUGACUCUUCCGUGAUCAUGUGGGGCGCUGUCGGCGGCGGAGUCGGCAUGCGCUGGAGGGCCUUCGGAGAUGAGGACGUGCUCCUCAAAGAAGAAGAUGCCCUUCUGACCAUCGAAGAUGCCACAAAGGCUGUGAGGUAUGUUUGCGCCAGAAUGAGCGCCCCGCCGCUAGUGAUGCCCUCCAAGUUCGACGAAGCCACCCGGCAAGCCAUCCUGGCCCCGUAUGCCGGCAGCAUCAAGCUGGAGUUGGAAGAGCAGGGGGCCAAAGCCGCUGAAACCUCCCUGGACUUCAGCGAGCAUUCCAAAGCCCGGGAUCGAGAAGCCUUGCAAAAUGUGUCUGUCGUGGACCGCCGCCCGGUGCCCGGAAAUUUGCCGGAGACUUCGCCGCUGGGCGGGUGGCCACUGCUGACCGAGGGCAAGCCCCGGGCUGACCUGCUGGUUGGCGGCAGGAUCGCCCUCACUGGGGUGCGUGGAAAGAGCGGCUUGACCGGAACACUGGAGGCCAGCUUCGGCGAAGGCAAGUGGAAGGUCAGACUGGACAACGACAUGGGCAGCGCCGUCUUGCACGAGACCAAUCUGGAAGUCGCAAAGCAUUCUAUCGCUCCGGUAGACCAAGGGAGCAAGGAUGAGAGAACAGCCCUGCGCCGGGCAAAGAUCCUAGAAAAGCGCACCCAGUUGUUGGAGAAGAAGGCCGCAAGAUGCAACGUGGUGGAGGUGGCACCGCUGGCUCCGCGCAGACGGAGUUAUUUCAUUGCUGGCACGUGGAAUGGCUGGCAGCCGGAGGAGAUGAGGUGGCAUGAGGAGGAGAACUUCUUCGACAGCUUGGUGGAUGCUUCGGGGCCUGAGGCGUUCCAAGUCUUCCUGGAUGAGCAGGGCGCCGGGGUCUUGCAUGCGGGGGACGUGCAGCAAAGAUGCCCGCAGGGAGGUGUGAUGGUCCAGGGCCCCGACGCCAAAUGGCGCUGCGAAGGCUUCGACUUCAAGAUGUCAAAGGCUACAGCUGGGAGCCGCUACAGCGUGCGGCUGCUACUGGAUGGCAAGGGCUUCGCCAAGAAGGUGCAGUGGGUGCCCCAGUGA